GUAGAAUAAACCGAUUUUGUAAUCGAACCGUUUCAUCGUCUACAAAAUCAACGGCCCGUAUUUUGCAGCCUAUCGUCGCCUACGCCAUACCCUUUCUCUCAGAUCUAGCUUCCAUUCUCAUCUCAAUCCUUAAUCAGUUAUAAAAUCAAACUAUAGAUCCGAUCGAUUCUCAUCCCGCUCGUUCUAUUCAUCCCUUUUUCGACCCUUUCCAUCAAACUUUCGUAUUCUAGGGUUAGGGUUUCGAUCUCUUCGAUUCACGCUCCUUACUGUCUCUUUUCCUUUCUCGCGCGGACGGGGACGCAUAUUAUUGGGAUUCUAUCUCGUUUUACCCUUCAAUUUCAUCGCAAUUUGAAAAAGUAUAGAUGGGAACUAAACGAUCUUGUGAGGAGGAGCUUACUGAGUUUUCCUACAAGCAACCAAAGCUUGUUUCAUCGUUUGCAGAAUCAUAUCAUUCGUCGUUUGCAGAAUCAUAUCCUUGUCGUGUAGCGGCUCAUGAUGCUGAUGUUAUAGACAACCGAUACAAUUCUCCAAUUCACAAGGAACUGGAGGAAGAUAGUAAAUGUACGGUUUCAGAUUCUUUUGGAAAACUGUUAGACCCAAACAGCAGUUCCCCCAGUGAGGAAGAUUACGGAUCUGGAUCUGGCGUAACUAUUUGCUCGUCUCUUUGUCCACCUUAUUUCGAUCAUUACUCUCCAAACGGAGAAGGUCCAUCAACAUACUCUUGUGAUGAUGAUAAACAUUCAUCUAUUUUAGAUGCACCUCCAAGAAAACACAUUCCACUUGGACCAAAUCACCAAGCUACACUUCCAGCAUGGAAUCCUCGGCCAUUGAUGGGGAAUAAAACUGGCAUUAUUGACUUGUCUGUUGAUGAUGGCUUUAAGGUUGGAGAGGGUAGGAAGGAUUGCUACUGUUAUGAUGCAGGUUCAGUCAGUUGUGUGCAGAAGCACAUAAAAGAAGCUAGCGAUAAGUUACUAGAAGUUGUUGGCAGCGAGAAAUUUGAGCAGUUAGGUUUCUAUGAAAUGGGAGAGGAAGUAGCACUGAAUUGGACCGAUGAGGAAGAAGACAUUUUUCACGACGUCGUUUAUGCUAACCCUGCCUCGCAUGAUAAGAAUUUUUGGAAACAUCUAUCGAUAGCUUUUCCUUACCGAACGAAAAAGGAAAUCGUGAGCUAUUACUUCAAUGUGUUCAUCCUAAGAAGAAGGGCUGCUCAGAAUAGAUCCAAUAAUUUAGGUAUUGAUAGUGAUAGUGAUGAGUGGCAGGGAAUCAUUGAUGAAUACAUCGCCAUCGAUGAUAAUGAUGAUGAAGACAACACAAGCAUUGGAAUUUCAAUUGAUUGCAAAUCUGAGUCUGUUGCAAAAGAUGUGAAGAAGCAACAUCAUGCGUCUUUAGAAAGUCGGUAUAAUAAUUUUGAAAGCUGGAAUGGAAGUGCGGAGGAGAAUGGUUAUUUACUAGAGGUGUUCGAUGAUCCUGUUAGGGUUUGGGAAGAUGGAAUGAAAGGUGUUGAUCUGUUGUUGCCUACAUCAAACGUGAUGGAGGAGAUCUUUGGGGAAGAAUCAAACAGUAAGUCAGUCUAGUUUCUAGGUUAGUGAGAGCAAAAACCCUAAAAACAAUUUUAUUUCUCAAUUUGAUUUAGAUUUAGGGUUCCUCCAUAUAUAAAAUGCAGAUGCUCUCGCUGCACUAUUAGUAAUAUAGCGUCAUCCUCCUCUAACUGCUGCUUACCCUUAAAAAUCCUUUAGGGGGUUUGAGUACAAAGUAGUAGUGUAGAUUUACUUACAUUUUCUAUCUAUCCAUCUAUCUAUUAGUAAAAAAAGGGUAGAUCUAUUUGUUGGAUGAUUUAUAUUUAAGCAGGGUUUUGGUCUUUAUAAUAUUUUUUUUUUAUAGUUUUGGAAGAUGAUGUUUCGCAAAAACUCAAUGUAAAUUUCUGUUAUUAUAAUAAUAUAAAAUGGAUGUAGAUAACCUUUACAUUAUUCUUUGUAUAUAUAGAAUCUGGAAAGUUUGAUCAUAGUUAUUGCUUUAUAGACUGGUUUACUUCAAGUUGUUUUAGCAU